CUGUGCACAGACGGCGACGAGGCCUACAGACGAGGCGAGGGCUUUGUGAAUCGGUGGAAGAAAUUCUGGCCUUCAGAAUGUCACGGCAAAUGGCGCCACCUCGUCUGCAUUCCCACCCUGGAGGACUUGCAGCCCGCCUUCCGACUGCAGUCACCUGAACUGUUCAUCAACAAGUUCGUUAUGCACCUCAACAGCCACGUUCUAGAUGUCACUGAGGACUGGUUCUACGACCGACAAGCCUGGCUCUAUCGUCACCAGAAUGUCACAUUGGCACCCCUGGAAUUUUUUGAAAACCUGCCACAUGUCAAAUACCAGACUAAUAGGACGAUAAAUAUACCAGAAGAGUUGCACUGA